AAGGGGACAAGGACGCAACAGAUAAAUCUUAAAGACAAAAUUAUGAGAGUAGGAGCCGCAGCCUUAGCUGGGGGGAUUUUUGGGGUGUUAGGGACCCUGUGUUUUCUUGUAGCUUUUGCUACAGACUACUGGCUGUUAGCCAGUGACAACUGUGAGACGUACACCAUUCAAACGACGCCAACAUGGGACACAGAUGCCAAUGUUACAGAGAUCCCAAUACAAGAAGCUGUGACUGUCUGGCCUCAGCUUCUCAAUCUGCACCACGAAGGGUUUUUCUGGCGCUGUCUGUUUCAGGUGGAGCCCUCGACACAUGCCAUUCUGGCCACUCUCUUCACAAACCAACCAGAGCAAAAGGUGUGUAUUCAGGGCUACCUCUUCCCACUGCCCGUUGCAACUGGACAAGUUCCUCAUCAGAAAUAUGAUGCUACUGCAGUGUUUCGGGGAUUUUGGACAGUUCUUAUCAUUCUCGGCCUGGUUUCUGCUCUGGCGGGCGGCUUCAUCCUGCUCUGUGGUGUUCCCUUCAUCAGUCACAAACUUUACAAGCUGGGUGGAGCUUUCCUCAUCACAGCUGCCUGCCUGUUCCUGCUCAUGCUCCUGCUCUACAUUCUGUGGGUGGAGGUGGUGGAUGUGAAGCGCUACAUUCUGCAGGAGAGGGGGGAACUGUGUCCAGAUGCACACGUUUCUGUGCUCUAUGGUCUGUCAUUUAUGGUGGCAGCGGCAGGCGUGCCUCUGGAGCUUGUCUCUGGUUUGGUCUUCAUGCUGGUGGGCCGGGUGCUACAUUCCAAGAAAUGAGACGACCGUGCAGACAGCGUUACUGGAAGGGACUGUGAUUCUGCACUUGGACUCUGCAGCACAUUUGGAAAACGUAUUGAUUGUGUAGGAAGUUGUUUGUAUAACUCACACUUUGUAAUCAUGCAACUGUGAAUAAACUACAUGACAGCAAAGUGUCAUAUAAUACUACAUAAUGCUGGCAACACAUUUUCCAGGUA